ACCAUCUGUCACUUUCCUCACGAGUAGAAUAAACAUCGCAGCGUUUACAUUUUAUUCUCAUAAAUAAUGGAUGAUAUUUGCCGACUUUGUUGUUCUACAACGUUUGUGACAAACAAAAUAUUUGACGAGGAGACCGCACUGUAUUUAAAAAUGGCAUUAUACUUACCUAUAAAGGUAUUCAAGAAUGACCGGCUUCCUCAGAAGAUCUGCGAUAAGUGCAGCUGCAAAGUUAACGAUAUUUAUCAGUUUUGCAAUGAAACUAUUGAGGUGCAAAAAAGGUUACGUUCCAUGCAAUCAAAACACCAAGAGAUCAAGGAGUCUGUUGACACGAUGAUCAAGGCGUCCAUAACCACGAUCAGGCAUCGAGAACAAGCCACGCAGACUGAUGAUGGUCCGUGGGAUUUCACAGUGUCAGUCAAGGUGAAAGAGGAACCAGAGCCAGCCACAUCGGAAAACAUCAAACAGGAAGAUUCCAUUGAAUCAGAUGAUAACAAAGACCAAAUAAAUAUAUACAAUGAAAAUUCUAAUGAUUACAUUGAUGAUAUCCCCUCAGACAAUAGUGAUAACAUAUCUUUACUUAAUUUGAAGAAGAAGAAAAAAAGUAAAAAAGAAGUGAAUGGACAAGUUGAGAAGCGGUGCAAGAAACGGAAGCCUAAAUUGACAGAUUGGGGUAUGCUCAUGAGUACAUUGCCAGAGGGUGCCGUGAGCGUUGAGAAACGUGAAGAUUCACAGAUGGUAGUGAAGAGCGAAAACCAAAAAAUAGGCAUCGAUGGCUUGGACCAAGUUGUGGUGAAGAAGGAAUCGGACUCGGAAGUGUACCAGUGCUGUAUCUGCCUGCUGCAGUGCUACAGCCGCUGUGACAUGCUACAGCAUUACAGACAGCACAGCCCGGAGUCUGAGCUGAGCGAGGCGCCGGCUGCGCCGCCGCCGCCCGACUGCGACCCGCUGCGCUGCGUGCGCUGCAGGAAGGUGCUGGAGCGCAGCGCGUGGGCGGCGCACUGGCGGCGGCACUGGGCGCGCGACCAGCGCCCGCUGCGCUGCGCGCUCUGCGAGAAGAGCUUCCGCGACGCGCACCACAUCCUCAAACACGGUUUAACGCACAAAGUGGGCGAGGAAGGCUCAGGGUCGGCGCCUUUAUCUAAACGGUUCAUAUGCGAUCUGUGUCCUGAAGGUUUCGUCUAUAUGAGAUACCUGCUGUCGCACCGCAUGCGCGCGCACCCGGAAGCCGCCGGGCGCGCGCUCGCGCUGCGCUGCGCGCUGUGCGCGCGUCAGUUCGCGCACCUCAACUCGCUGCGCCGCCACCUGCGCGCGCACUCCGGCGAGCGCAACUUCCUCUGCAACGUGUGCGGCAAGGCGCUGUCCUCCCGGGAGCAUCUCAAGUUCCACAUCCGCAUACACACCGGCUACAAGCCCAACGUCUGCAAGACGUGCGGCAAGGGCUUCGUGAAGAAGUGCAACCUGACGCUGCACGAGCGCGUGCACUCGGGCGAGAAGCCGCACGUGUGUUCGCACUGCGGGAAGGCGUUCAGCCAGCGCUCCACGCUCGUCAUACACGAACGGUACCACAGCGGCGCGCGGCCGUACGCAUGCGCGCUGUGCGGGCGCGGGUUCGUGGCCAAGGGGCUGCUGUCCAUGCAUCUCAAGACCACCUGCAUCUAGCCUGCGCCUACACAGCCGCUGCAUCCUCACUGCCUCGCCUCCACACCAGACUGAUCUUCACCGUAGUCGACACCUACUGUCGGCAUAUGUGUACACGAGGAUUAUUGUAUGUAUUAUAUUUUGUUAUCGAUGUUUGGUAAGUAAAUUAUUGUCCUCGUAAGUGAAGUGUUAAAUAUUUAUACCUAAUUGUGUGUAAAGUGGAAGUACUACCGCACAGCUCCCACUCGACAAGAUGACGUUAAUUGAAAUGUGAGCUUUAAAGCGUAGUCUGUAGACACAUUUUACAUUGGCGACACGAGAACUGACAGCGAGCAGUCCGCAAAUUUAUCAGAGUAAGCAAUUAUUAAAAGAAUGUAAUAAAAAUGUUACUUCCGUCAUGUUAACAGUACGUAGACAGGUGUAACUAUAUAGUUGUAUGAGACUAUGUCUAUAUAGACGUCGUCAUGCUAUCUUCUUACUAGAAUGAGAAACGCGUGUUAGAAAUUCACAAGGAGAAAGGGGACGCAGUGUUAAUAAUAGUCCCUUUUUGCGUGCCGCAUUUUACCAGACCUAGCCUACCGCGUUGUAUCGGGUAGAAGUAAGAUUUGUAUGAAAUGGUUAUAUGUCAUGCGGCUUCGUUCACUCCACGGAUACAUACUUAUAGAAAGUACAUGCUAUCUAGCUAAAAUUAAAAUAGUAUUUCACCAUCCGAACUAAAAAAAAAUGCCACUACUUUGCAUGCAAAAUUUUGUAAAAUAUUUUUUGUGUUGUACUUUUUCAUUUUGACAAAGAAAUAUAUUUUAGCAAUCUUAAUUAAAUGCUAUGUUGUAUAUACGAGACGUAUUGUUAACUGUUCUUUUCACGGUCGACAAACAAAUCCUGUUUCUGCAGAAUUAUUAAGAAAAAUGGGCCCGCUAUCGCACAUGAUAACAAGGUUAUCUCAUGCUCAGUCGCCUAGCCGUAUACUACUAUUGUAAAUGUAGCCAAAUCUUUUAAUAAUCUUACAAUGGAUUUGCUCAUAUAUCAGUUCUGUUUCUGUUUUUUAUAUAACAGUAUUUGUGUUCCAUUGCUGUGCAAAAGAACACCCCCCCAUCUCCCCAACCUCUUCCGAAUAAACUCCAAUAAUCCAAGUCGAUCCAAAUACAUAGCAUGUUCUAUAAUUAGCAUAUUAUACUUAUUAAUAAAAUUUAGGCCUUAUGUCUCCUAUAAUGACUCCUAAAAGAGCCAUCAGGAUUUUCUUAGUCCCCACGUGACCCCUGGCUAUGGAAGAAGCAGUAGCAGUCUUACCUAUGUAAGAAAAGUGAUUUGAAUUCGUAAUUUGAUACUACAUUUUCAUUAUCGUUUCGUAAAGAGACGGCAAACCCAGCGGCGUACAUAGGUAUUAUACAAUGUACAUUAAUAUACAUUUAAAGACGUAUGUAAGUUACGUACGCUGACUGGGUUUGUGUGGCAUGGUGGCCGGCUGCGUUGCAGACGAGUCCAAUUAAGCAGAUGCGAUAAUGUAUGAUUUGUCCCGUGGGACUAGUGGGACGUACUCAAUCAUUCCACCUGUCCCAUCUUGGGACUGAGUCAGUGGGCCUCGUGGGACAUUUAGGCCGGAGCAAAUCAAAUGCCUUUACUUAUCGGUGACGUUGAAUGUAUGGUUUUGUAUCGUAGCCAUGUGUCAUGUUUCAUACAAUUUUUACAACCACAUUCACGGAUUUGGUCUGCUCCGGCCUUAAUAUUUUAGUUCCUAUAUUAAGCUGUAGUGAGUGAAGCAUUUAUAUACCAAAUGUUUGUACAUAUAUAUCUAUGAUGCAACAAGUGCCUCAUAAUGUGAUAUGUUUAGUUUAUAUUGUUGGAUUAAGAUUGUAGGUCAAGUCAAUAGAAAAUGUAUAUGUUAAGUUCCCGGAAUCGAUUCCCAGUGGUUGUUAAUCAGCUUCGCUUUACGAAUGAAAUUCGGGUGAUACUUAGUUAAUAACAAAUAUUUUAAAUCGCGAUCUUUUUUCAAUAAAUUUAUUUUUUAAAAGAGGGCGCUACUGGUAAUGCUUUAAACACAUUGACAGCUGUGGAAAUGUGCAAAUACAAUCGUGUGAAAUGUUUCAACUCUUCAAAUCAAAUAGAUAGGAAUUAAAUUAAUCAACGAAUAAAUUUACCUACUUUUACAGUCUUUUCUAAAUGGUAUUUUUUAUUUAAUGUAAGUAAAUCAAUUUAAACAGAAUAUUGUUGAAAAAGUUUGUAUAGUGUUUCCCGGAUACACGGUUAAACGAAUUUCUUAAUAUUUCGCGAAGCAACGAUCUGCAAUGACUAUAUAAAUUUCACCGCGUGUCGGAGGUACAUACUAAAUUUUUAAAAUCCAUUGUUCCAUUGUACUUAGUAAUUACGCUACUUAGUAAUUACGUUUUAAUGAAUAUUGCUGUAAUGCAAUCAUAAGUGUUCGUAACAUUCUCUUUAUUUUAAAUUAAUAAUACAUUGAUGGUGAUAUAAUGUUUAUAUUUCUAAGCAGAUAUUUUGUUUUUACAGCAAGUGAUGUAUUAAAAUGUGUAUGAAUAAAUCUGUAAUGAUAUGAA